AUGACGUCGAUAGCGUCCGAGUCCGUGGCCACGAUCCUCUGCACUAGCAAACAGACGCGCUUCAAUAUUCAGACAGCAGACUAUCGAGAACUAGACAUUGAUGGCCUCAACAUCACCGUCACCUCGGCUGGGAGAUCCGGUGCCAAGGGCAAGUCCAAAGCCCGGAGCGAGGGGACCGAGAUCCUGGUUGACGCCAAGCUGCGUCUGAAGGCCGGCCAGCGAUACGCGCUCGUCGGAAGAAAUGGUUCAGGCAAGUCGACACUUCUCAGAGCCAUCGCCGAGAAGCUGAUUCCCGGCAUACCCGAGGAGACUAGGAUUUCUCUUCUUCAGCAAACGAGCAUCAGUGACACCGACUCGGAUGUGCGCCCCGAUGACGCCUCGACUGUAGUGGAUGGCUCCGUCCAAGGCCGUACGGUAUUGGAGCACGUUAUUGAACAGGCGACUGCACGAUCGGAUGUUGAGCAAGAAAUCAAAGUUCUGUCCGAUGGCAUCAAUAGCACAGACUCUUUUGGCUCGGUACGGGCGAUUCGCGCUCUUCUUCAUGAGAGAAAUCAGAAGCACCUCUUUCAAGUCGACAAAAAUGCAAGAUUGCGUAGCGGGGAUCGCGGUCUGGCGGCACGCAAAGCUUUAAAGGCCUUUGAGAAAAAGGUCGCCGAGUCUCAAUCUCUAGUCGAACAGCCGCAAGACCAGAUUUCGGCCGAAUCUAUCAAGAGCGAGACACAGGAGGCAUUAGACAUGCUCGCAGACCUCCAGCUGCUAGUUGAGCCGUCCAAAGUAGCCGAGACCGAGUCCAAAGCCAAGCGCAUCUUGAAAGGUCUGGGAUUCUCCGAGGCCUACAUGUCCAAACCCGUAACCAGUCUUUCUGGCGGGUGGCGGAUGCGAACCGCGCUCUGUGUGUCGUUGCUCCAGGAGACCGACAUCCUCAUCUUGGAUGAACCCACAAACUUUCUUGACCUUCUUGGCAUCAUAUGGCUUCAGCGGUACCUCGGGUCCCUUCAAGACGUAGACGAAGCCCCGACGCUCAUCCUCGUAUCUCACGAUAGAGACUUCAUCACCUUAUGCAGCGACCUCCUAAUACUAAAGGAAAAGGGGCUGACGUACUUCCAUGGUGACCUUCCAACAUACGAGGCAUCACAGUCGGAACGUAAGCUUUGGUUGACCAAGAUGAAGGAUGCCCAAGACAAGCAGAAAGCGCACAUCCAGCAAAGCAUUUCCAACAACCUAAAAGCAGGCAAGGCCAGUGACGACCAAAACAAGCUGCGGCAGGCCAAAUCCCGCCAGAAGAAACUUGACGACCGAUGGGGUCUCACGGUCAGCGCCAAAGGCGGCCGCUUCAAGCUCAACCGUGACCUUACUGGUUUCCAUUUGUCAGCCCGCGCGGAAAUAGACGUUCCACAGGAUGAACGACCAGUGAGCUUCAUCUUGCCGGAACCUCUAGACCUCCGAUUCCCUGGGCCUCUCAUAUCGGUAGACAAUGCGACAUUUCGUUAUCCGACUUUGGUGAAAACAAAGCUGGCGGCACCAAUCGUAUUGCAGGAUGUAAACCUGUCCGUUCACAUGGGCGACCGAGUCGGUAUCCUCGGAUUGAACGGUGCCGGCAAGUCGACUUUGGUAAAAUUACUAGUCGACGAGACGAAACCCACAUCGGGGACGGUGACAACGCACCCGCGGCUGAAGCUGGGAUAUUACUCGCAGCAUGCGGUUGAUGGUUUGCAAGCAAUGGGUCGAGCUGAUUCUUCUUUGACGGCGUUGUCGAUGCUCGCUGAGGAAGUUGCCGGGGAAUUGGAUGAGGGCCAAGUCCGCGGCAUUCUGGGCAGCCUCGGCCUGCCUGGUCGAGUUGCUUCCGAUAUACCACUUGGGAAGCUAUCGGGAGGGCAGCUGGUGCGAUGCGAGCUCGCCCGUCUUCUCUGGCGGAGGCCACACUGUCUCAUCCUUGAUGAAGUGACUACUCAUCUCGACUACGAGACUGUCACGGCUAUGCGUGAGGCACUUCGUGACUGGGAGGGUGCAGUGGUGCUCGUCAGUCACGAUCGGUGGUUCAUGCGCGGGGCAAUUGAGGGCCUCGUCGAAGACUCUGACAGCGAAGAAGAUGAGGGGGAAAAGCGGACAACCAGAAGACGGCUGGUAUACAAGUUGAGACAAGGAAACAUGACGCGCCUAGAGGAUGGCGUGACCGAAUUCGAGGAAAGCGUUGCGAAGAGGGUGACGAAACUGCUCAAUUCAUAG